AUGGAUCAAGCGGCUACGCAGCCUCGGAAAUGCCCCGGUCUAAAUUGUGAAAAUGAUGCAUCAUCUCUACAGUGUCCCAAGUGCAAAGAGAUGGGCGUUGACAGCUUCUUCUGCUCACAAGACUGCUUCAAGCGGAGUUGGGCCGAACACAAAGUCCUCCACAAAAGUACGAACCCUUUCCGAAAUUUCAUUCCCCCAAAGGUUGUGGCUAAGGUUGAUCCAGAAAGCGGUCACUUUAACCCAUUUCCUACCUACCCAUUUACCGGUCCUUUAAGGCCUGUAUAUCCUUUGUCUCCGAAGCGGGAGAUUCCAAAGUCAAUACCGCACCCGGAAUGGUCGCAGGACGGAAUACCCAGAUACCCAUAUGUUCGCAAAAAUAACGUCCAGAUCCUUGACGAAAAGGGCAUCGCGGGCAUGCGCAAGGUUUGCAGACUAGCUAGAGAAGUGCUUGAUAUCGCUGCCGCUGCUGCAAAACCCGGAGUGACGACAGAUUACAUUGAUGAGAUUGUUCACAAUGCUUGCAUAGAGCGCAACUCAUACCCCUCGCCACUGAACUACAACCACUUCCCGAAGUCCGUCUGCACAUCUCCGAACGAAGUCAUCUGUCACGGCAUUCCCGACCAGCGAGUUCUCCAGGAUGGCGACAUCCUUAACAUUGACGUCACGCUGUAUCACGAAGGUUAUCACGGCGAUCUGAACGAGACAUACUAUAUUGGCGACAAGGCCAAAGCUGAUCCAGACAACGUCCGCCUCGUAGAAACCACCCGCCAAUGUCUGGAAAAGGCCAUUGAGCACGUCAAACCUGGCGUCAAAAUCGGCGACUUCGGAGACAUCAUCGAGAAACAUGCCAAAAGCCAAAAUCUCAGUGUAGUCAAGACCUAUUGUGGCCACGGCAUCAACUCCCUGUUCCACUGCGCUCCAAAUGUGCCGCACUAUGCGAAGAACAAGGCGGUAGGAAAAUGCAAGGCGGGCAUGACCUUUACGAUCGAACCGAUGAUCUGCUUGGGCAGUUACAAGGACAAGACAUGGCCGGAUGACUGGACCGCGGUCACGAGUGACGGAAGUCGCUCUGCCCAGUUUGAGCAUACAUUAUUGGUCACGGAGGAUGGAGUCGAGGUCCUGACUGCCCGGUUACCAGAUUCGCCAGGGGGUCCAGUCCCUACGCCAGGUUCCGAAGCGACGAAUGGACAAGUUACUGGGGAUGCUGCGAAGGCUUGA